AUGGGAAAAGUCAAGUACAUCCUCCUCGACUGCGACAACACCCUCUGCCAAUCCGAACGCCUGGCCUUCGAAGCCUGCUCGGAAUUGACCAACGAAGUGCUGGAGAAACACAACAUCUCCGCCCGCUACGACGUCGACUCCCUGCUCGAAGACUUCGUCGGCCACAACUUCCGCAACAUGCUCGUCGGCCUGCAGAAGAAGCACAACUUCUCCAUGAAGCCCGAAGAAGUCGACGACUACGUCAGCAAAGAACUGGGCAAAGUGACCCAAAAGCUGAGCGAGAAAUGCGUGGAAUGCCCCGGCGUGACGGAGCAGCUGGAGUGGGCCAAGAAAGAAGGCUACCCCAUGGCCGUCGUCUCCACCUCGGCCAAACCCCGCGUCGUCGCCUCCCUGAAGAAAUGCAACCUCAUGCGCUUCUUCACCGACGAGCACGUCUACAGCGCCGCCACCUCCAUGCCGACUCCCUCCUCCAAACCGGAUCCCGCCAUCUACCUCUUCGCCUGCAAGGAGUUGGGUGUCAAGCCCGAGGAGACGCUGACGGUCGAGGACUCCAAGUCCGGUGCUACGGCGGGCAUGCGGGCGAAUAUCCCGACGGUGGCGUAUGUGGGGAUUUAUGGGAUUGAGGAGGGCAAGGAGAAGGAGGAGCAGAUGGCUAAGGUGUUGACGGAGCAGACGAAGUGUAAGGUUGUUAUGUAUGAUUGGAAGGAGUUCCCGCAGUGCGUGAAGAAGAUUGAGGAGGGCUUGUAA